UAUGAAGCUUGCUGACUGUAUUUAAGAAUCCUGGAUCCUUCCUCCUUCUUUAGUCUUGAGCGAGUAAUCAUGAGGAUCGCUGUCCUGUUGGUUUGCCUCGUUCUCCUUUCGGUCGCCCUCGCUGACUCUUCGAGUUCCAGCAGCUCCGAAGAGAAGAAUAAGAAGAAGAAGGACAAGAAGGAUAAGAAGAACAAAGAUAGCAAGAAAGGUCAGAAGAAGGGAAAGGAUGGAAAAUCAUCAAAAGGCUCCAAUAUAGAAACUCAACCUCCCACCAUAAGAACUACUACAACAGUAGCCACUACUACUCCGCGACAAACGGUACCAACCACAGUAAGAACUACAACCACAUUAAGAACUACAACAACAGCACCCACUACCACUCAGAGGCAGACUGAACCAACCACAAUAACUACAACAGUACCCACUACUACUCAGCGACAAACGGUACCAACCACAGUAACAACUACAACAAUACCCACAACCACCCAGAGACAGACUGAACCAACCACAAUAACUACAACAGUACCCACUACCACCCAGAGACAGACUGAACCAACCACAAUAACUACAACAGUACCCUCUACCACCCAGAGACCAAAACCACCAUCAACGCCAGUUACUACAACCGAGCUCUACAUUACCGAAGCUCCUCCAAAUGUCUUGCAGUCACUAACCAUAUGCGAACAUGACAGAAAGCACAUGGCUUGUCCUGAAGGUACCAUAAUCGUAGUAAAAGAUGCCUUCUAUGGAAGAACUGAUCUUACAACUUGCCCCAAAGAAGGUAAGAUGUCGAAUACCAACUGCAAAGCAGCCACUACAUUGCCUAUUGUCAGAGAAAAAUGUGAAGGAAAAACCUAUUGCGACUUGUCAUCUUCUAAUGGUUGGUUUACUGAUCCAUGCAAAGGAACUUACAAAUAUGUCAAAAUUGACUACAUUUGUCUGAAAGAAAUUCCUGAGAGGCAAGGACCAGAAGAACCUAUAUUACUUAAACAAGAAACCACAACAACAGUGAUCACUACCACAAGGAGACCAAAACCACCAUCAACACCAGUAACUACAAUCGCACCUCAGACUACCCAAGCUCCUCCAAAUGUCUUGCAGGAACUAACCAUAUGCGAACAUGACAAAAAGCACAUGGCUUGUCCUGAAGGUACCAUAAUCGUCGUAGAAGAUGCCUUCUACGGAAGAACUGAUUUGACAACUUGCCCAAAAGAGGGUAAGAUGUCGAAUACCAACUGCAAAGCAGCCACUACAUUGCCUAUUGUCAGAGAAAAAUGUGAAGGAAAAACCUAUUGCGACUUGUCAUCUUCUAAUGGUUGGUUUACUGAUCCAUGCAAGGGCACUUACAAAUAUGUCAAAAUUGACUACAUUUGUCUGAAAGACAAGCUGUGGAAGCUGUAUGACGGGGGUUUUCCAAAAAUCGAUUUCCAGCUCAUGAUGGAAAGAAGAACCUCUAGUUAUCCUGAGUUGCCUGUCCAAAAAUCGGAACUUAUCGAGACAUCUGCAAUUAUUGGUUGGAAACCAUUCCUUAACAUUGAUGUGGCUCACAAAGGAUUCCCUGCUGUAGUUGAUAAAGAAACGAGAAAAGAAAAAUUGUCAAGUCGAUUAGACAAAUCAACUUUAACAGAGAUCCAAUUCUUGAUUAUCGUGAAAGACCGAUAUUGGCCAAAAUUUCUCCAAAAACCUGCCAUUGUUGUUGGCGCUGAUAUCACUCAUCCAGUUCCAGAGCAGGUCAAGAUUCUAUCUAUAGCAGCCGUUGCAACUUCUUACGGCCUAAAAGAAAUUCCUGAUAGACCAGAACCAGAAGAAGAACCUGUAGCAAUCGAGGAACCAACUACUAUCGAGCAGCCAACCACUACAGAGGCACCAGUAACAACAGAAGAACCAACAACCACAGAGGAACCAGUAACCACACAGGAACCCAUUACAACAGAAGAACCAACAACAACAGAGGAACCAGUAACCACACAGGAACCGUUUACGACAGAAGAACCAACAACAACAGAGGAACCCAUUACGACAGAGGAACCAGUAACAGAAGAGGAACCAAUAACUGAAGAGGAACCAGUGACAGAGGAGGAACCAGUAACUGAAGAAGAACCAGUAACAGAAGUGGAACCAGUAACAGAAGAGGAACCAGUAAUAAUAGAAGAACCAGUAACAGAAGUGGAACCAGUAACAACACAGGAACCAAUUACUAUCGCAGAGCCGGAGACUCCUGCCACUGAAGCACCAAUUGUGGUUGAAAUAGAAGCACCAAAACCUAAACCAUCUAAACCAAAAAUCAUAAUUGUAACAUAUCCAGCUCCAGGCGAAUACCCACAAUUGAUCACUAUUACCACUAAACCAGUCGAUGGUCAAGGAAACUGCCAGGAAGUAACCAUACCAAUACCACCUGGAGCUGACAGUUCUAAACCUCAGAACAUUAUUGUCGCUUUGCCUCCUGACGAUGCGUCCUCAUCUCCUCAGCAGAUCGCCAUUCCGUUCCCUCCUCCUAAGGGGAGCUACCAACCUGGCAAGAUAUCCAUCAAGUACCCACAACCUGGUUCAAGCCAAAAGGACAUAGUAGUAAGUGUACCUCCCACUCAAUGUUCAGGCAGUCCUAAAGUGGUCAUCAUACCUGUCCCUGAAGAAGCUCCCUCUUCUCAAAAAGACAUUGUUGUUACUAUUCCUAACGGCGAUGGGCAACCACCACAGACUAUUGUUGUCCCGUAUCCACCAUCGCAGCCCAAUCUCAAACCCUGCAAUCAAAAUAUUUUCAUUACCAUCAAUGGACCAAGACCUUACCAACCUCAGUACCCUGUCCAACCAAGUCCAUUCCAACCUUCUUAUGGUCAACCUCAACCAUUCCAAUCUGUGUAUAGCCAACCUCUUCCCCUCCAGCCUGUGUACAGUCAACCUCUUCCCCUCCAGCCUGUGUACAGUCAACCUCAGCCUCUGCAGCCUGUAUAUGGUCAACCGCAACCACUCCAACCAGUGUAUGGUCAACCUCAGCAAGGGCCGUGUGAUGGAUCUCAAUCUCCACUCCUGAGGGCACUGAGAUUGUGCCAAACUGCUUUCUAAGACUUUUCUUUUCAAUUAAUAAUAUUAUAUGUAUAAAAGCUGAUUUAAAAAAAUUAUAUAUACUGUAAUUAAAAUGUCUUAAAUUUAAGUACUACUA